AUUGUCUCCUGGGCUCCUGACCAGCAUCACUUACAAUGGAUGAUAUUUACAAAGCAGCGGUUGAACAACUUACAGAAGAGCAAAAAAAUGAGUUCAGGGCAGCCUUCGACAUUUUCGUGCAAGACGCUGAAGAUGGCUGCAUUAGCACCAAGGAACUGGGGAAGGUCAUGAGAAUGCUGGGGCAGAAUCCCACCCCUGAGGAGUUACAGGAAAUGAUAGAUGAAGUGGAUGAAGAUGGGAGUGGCACGGUAGAUUUUGAUGAGUUCUUGGUUAUGAUGGUCCGGUGUAUGAAAGACGACAGCAAAGGAAAAUCAGAAGAAGAAUUAUCAGACCUUUUCCGAAUGUUUGACAAAAAUGCAGAUGGCUACAUUGACUUGGAUGAGCUGAAAAUGAUGCUUGAAGCUACUGGAGAGACAAUUACAGAAGAUGACAUUGAGGAACUGAUGCGAGAUGGGGAUAAAAACAAUGAUGGCAGGAUUGAUUAUGAUGAAUUUCUGGAAUUCAUGAAGGGAGUUGAAUAAAUGUGAGAUGUUAACUUCUGCCGGAGCCAUGCCCCCCCCCACCUGCAUAAUGAAUUUGGGAUUUUGUAUUAAAUAUGAACAUAAAUGAUAAAUACAGAAUACAACAGGGGUAUUGUCCCCUACAGCUGUUAUUAAACUACUACUUCCAGGUUAAACAUUCCUGGUGUACACAUAUCGACUGAUAUAAGCCUCACUUUCUAUGGAAAUUCUUUGUUAACAGUAAGGGCCAAUAUGUCAGCCCUUAUGCUUUCAAAGGGCAUCCUCAGUGAGCCACCAAGGAGAAAUACUUGCUCCUCCAGCAGAUGAUGGCUGAUAGCUCACAUUGUCCUGUGCACAAGAGUUAUACUGUGUACAUAGUAUUUUGUAGACUGUUUUAAAGUAUUAGAGUUGAAGUGUAAUGGCUGCAUAAUCCUGCUAAUAAAGCACUGUUAUACUCUACUCAUCCUCGGCUACCAAAACAUAACAUCCUUAGUGUACUGAAAUUUGAGUUGAGCAACAUCUGAUGGGCCUCCAGUUUUAUGACACAUGGGAGGGACUUAUCACUAAAUAGGAGUGGUUUAUGUGCAUAACUGGGUAUGGCUUGUUUAGUUCUGGGUGUGGCCUUGGGUAGUUGGGGUGUAGUCAUAUCUCCUUAAUGUUCACAUUUUACAAAGCAGACAGCCUUGGAUCCAGGCACAAUUUUAAUUCAGAAUAAGACUAAGUAUAUGUAAAAAGCCUUACUCCUGACAUUAACCCAUUCAUGGCUGAAGAGUUCAGAAGAAGUACAAUACUAAAUGCAAGUGUUACAGUGGUCCGGACAAGUGCCUUCACUCCUUUGUGCUAUUUUUAAACAUUUUUCUAAAACCGUUUGACAUUUUGUGCCCAAAUAACCCAGUCCAUGGCAUAAUUCUAUUUGCUUUGUGACCUUUUGCUUUUAAAUGUAAAUCGGUGAAAAUGUGCAAAACAACAUCAUUGGUGGCAUCAAAUGCUGUCACACUGUGUCUAUUAAUUUGCUAAUAAACUUGUUUGAAAGUUC